CGAAAGCACACAAACGCGGGCACAGGUGCGCAUGCCGGGCAGUCUUACAUACAGACGUACACUUCCUUCGAGAUGUCCAAGGGGACCCGCUUAAGAGGUUUGAGCUACGUAGAAGUUGUGUUCAGUUUAUUACUUUGACUUGCAAGUAUGAUGCUGAAUACGGCAUCUGGUUAGGGUUGUGAUAGUUUCUCUCCGCUGAUACGCACCGACAUAUCAGCUUUUGGUAGUGCUGCAAUUACCGAAUUUAAAGGAAGAUUAUAUAUUUGUCAUUUGAUUUUUACUUUGGUUUGUUUUCACAGUCACAUGACGCAAAGUGCAACUGCGAGACAGGGUUUAGCCGUGAGUGUGUGUCUGUGGAACCGCGUGCGCCCAUAGCUGCCAUAGCGCUGUCAGACUGACAUCCACGGAGACAUGAACGGCUCCUUCUUCGACCAAGCCCAGGGCGCACUAUUCAACAGGAGCCAAGUCCUCGCCGGUACUCUGGUGAACUGCUGCAACGGGACGGACGUGGCAACCAGUGACGGCGGUUCGCUGGCGCUACCUCCAGACGAGCGGAAACUCUUUAUCAGUCGCGUCGUACAGAUCGCGGUCCUGUGCGUACUGUCGCUCACCGUCAUGUUUGGCAUCUUUUUCCUCGGCUGCAACCUCAUGAUCAAAUCGGAGAGUAUGAUUAACUUUAUGGUGAAGGACCGGAGACCUUCCAAAGACGUAGAGGCGCCGGUGAUGAUAGGACUCAGCUAGUCUAUGGCGCCGGGAUGGAGAAUGUUGUGUAGCCGCGCGCCACGGACCCAUAGUCUCAACACGCUGUCUUUGGGGCGGCACGAUGAUAUGCAAUGCGCUUGAAUUCCUCACGAAAUAUGUUUGCCAAUAUAGACUGCAAUUGCAGUCAAGCGCGGCCAAUUCCUCAUAUCAAACGUUUAAGGAGAACCAGGAAUGCAUCGUUGUUUACGCAUAGGCUGUUGGAUAUUGUUUUGUUUUUGACUGUCAACUUGAAAAAAGUAAUGGACUCUUGUGAUAAAAAUGUUUACACGUUGUUACCUCAAAUUAUAUUUGCAAAAGUCGAUAUUUCCAUGAUUGUUUAACAACUUUACGCAUGCAUAUUGUAUGUUUUUUCCAUUUCCGUUCUGACAGUAGGCUAUACAUUUUGGACGUGGGAAUUCUCUGAAAAUAUAUUUUCCUUGGUCCCGUUUCUUAGUAGCAUGUCUGGCAAACACUCAAGGUGCUGGGAUCUUGCAUGUUUAAUAACUAACCCCAUUACUGCUACAACGAGUGUUUCAAUGUCCAGUUCAGCAUGCACGAGGCUUGGUCUGUAGCCUACAGUACAAGGUGGUAUUUGGACCUACUGUUUUUGCACUUUUUUGAAAGCACCUGAUGCUGCAUGAUUUUUGUACCAAGAUGAAACUUGAAUGAAAAGUGCAGCAUGCUACGAAUAAACGUGACGUUGUCGUAUCUCUUCAUUGAUAUCUAUUGUACAUGUUACAGGCUACAUGUUGCAGUAGAUUAGAUUUAUUCAUGUCUGGCAUAGGCCAAUCGCACAAAGCAGCAUAAAUAAACAGUAUAUAUUAAACAAAUGAGUUACAUUUAAAUGUGAUCGAGGACCUUGUGCAUGUUAUACUGUACUGUAAUAGGAAUAACAAUAACAGCAACAAUAAUAACGUAAUGACAGUAAUAAUAACAAUAAUAAUGUUAUUAGUCUAUUAUAAUUAUAAUAAUAUAUUAUAAGGAAAUGGUUUUUAGACACAAGUCUAAACUUUUCCUCCAUUUGCACACAAUUACGUACAUAAAUAACUGUGUAAAAUCUAAUAUUGUUCAAAUGCAUAGAUUUUAAUUGGCUGUAAGACUGGUCCGUUUUAAUGCACAGGUGAACGAUUACUCAAGACUAUUAAAUGUAGUGCACUCAUGCCUUGACUUAUAAAAAUGAAUUUGUGAAUUUCUUAUCUGACGAUAAAGUGGAGAUAAUCCACAGAGGGUAUGUUUCACAGAUGCCUUCUCUCUAUAAAAUCCAUGCAGUCAAGUCAAGUCUAGGUUGAGUAGAGACAUACCCCACUGGGCAGAAACUGGUUCAAUCAACGUUGUUUCAAUGUAAUUUGCCGAUUUAUUGUGACGUGGAUCUACGUGCAAAAUACAUUGUAUUUGAAAAAGUAAUCAACGUUAACUUGUUUUGAGAAUGGAAUUUCAACCACAGGAUUAUGUCAUAAUUGUAACCUAUGUUAAACAUAUACAAACUUUGUAUAAAAUAUGUUGCAUUUGUACCUUUGAAACAAUGUCAGAUCUUCAAUGUUAUAUACACUAUCAGAAGAAAUACAUAUAGGCUGGGCAGCAACUCCUACUGGUCUCCCAUCCAGAGAUUUACCCUAGCUAUGAUGGCUUUGAUAUUUGUCACUGACCACUAUCAAUGUUCUAACGCGUGAAUGAUUGAUUAUCGAUAGAUCUCUAAAUAACUAAAUAUAUCCACUGUUCCUAUCGAAGUCAUUCUAAAGGGUAGGUUUAAACAGAGCAAAUAAAAUGUAACAAUACAUUAUAAGUCAUAUCAUCAAUAUUAUACUAUUUAGGCCUAUAUAGCAUUUGCGAAGUCAUCAACAACUAUUGUUUCAAUUCAACCCAUGGUUCAACUAAAAAUAGACAAUAUAUACAGUACGGGCCUAUGGUUUCAAGUUUGAAUUGAUUUCAAUGUAAUCUUCAAGUUAAUCAUUAAUAUGUUGGAUUCUCAUCUUCAUCUCAACCAAACAUUUAAGUUAAAGCAUAUAACUAAAUAAAACCAAACUUUAUUUAAAGUGCAUUCAAAGUUUGAUUAGAUUAUAUUUAGUCUUAUUCUUUAACUUAGAUUUUUGGUUGAGAUGGAGAUGUGAAUCCAACAUACCAAUUAUUCAUUUGUAGACAAACUGGAUAUAGAAUUGUGUUUGGUUGUCAACGCAACCAGAUAUAAACAUUUUAACCAGGUAUUUUCAGCUUGCAUAGUUAUGCACAAUUCAGACGCUGAAUUUAUGGCGAGUUGAAGUGAAUAGAAAUUAUGAGCGGGCUGGCACGGUUAAGAGCUUUGCUUGACGUCAGUGGCGGUUCUAGACCAUUUCAACUGGGGGGGCCAAGCUGGGGCCAGUUGUACUGUUAGA